CUUACAUAGGAUUUAGUGUUCAAAAAAAGUUGGUGUCGUGGUUGUUAAAAUUAAAAACACCCAAUUUAAGUUCAGUUUUCUUCGUUUAAUUUCGUUUUGGAUUAAUUUAAUUUUUUAAAAAAUGAUGAAUCAUCUUCAUUUAACCUCUUUCGAUAACGUUUACGAUGAUUCUUCAGACUCCGGCUUUGAAAUGUCUUUUAAAUCCGAAACGACCGAUUUUAACGAUGAUCGCAGCGACUUUUUCGAAUACGAUUUAGAUCCAAACACUUCAACCCCAAAGAAAAAGAAAUACCCCGAAUACACCGACUUAAACACGCCGGAGAAACAAAUUUUGUACGAACGAUUUCAAGGUGCCUUCCAAGAAAGCUUAAUUAAUUUCGAUCGAAAAUACGAUUAUAAUAAUUAUAAUCAUCAAACGCAACACCAACAAUACGAAAAUCAACAUCAUCAACCCAAUUAUGGUGUCAAUCGAAAUCUUUUUGAGCACCCCGAAAAAGAUUUUAUGGAAUUCGUUGAUGAUAAAAAUAAAAACACUUCAACUCCGGUUAAAGAUAAAGAUUUAAAGCAAAAACGAAGAUAUGCAAGUGGAAGAAAUCGCAUGUCUAGGGCGAAAAGUCCUAAUCAAAUUAUGAAAAUUAAAAAGAAUCGUCGAUUAAAAGCUAAUGAUCGCGAAAGAAACCGGAUGCACAUGUUAAAUGAAGCUUUAGAUAAAUUACGUUGUGUUUUACCAACAUUUCCUGAAGAUACUAAAUUAACGAAAAUUGAAACUUUAAGAUUCGCCCAUGGUUAUAUUUAUGCGUUAGCGCAAGCUUUAAAUGAUGGGGUUUAUACCGGUUUGGACGAUAAUGUUGUUGUGAAUGUUGGAAAUGUGACUGUUUCGAUAAAUAAAAAUGGAAAUAGUAUAACAACAAAAAAUUGUAAUCUCCAACAAUAUCCCAAUGCUGUAGUUACAAGCGGAAGUAUAACUAACGCUAGUUUUAUGGCGGAUUACAACAGUUAUAAACAAGAAGAUGUUUAUCAAAAUGAAGGUUUUUAUUCCGAUGCGAGUCAAAUGAGAGGUUUUGAGAAUUGUAACGAAUUUUAUGAUCAUAGGAUGCCAAUACCUAACGGAAUAAUGUAUGAAAAUCUUUAAAUUUUAUAUAAUUUAAGAAGACAAAGUGGUGCCUGAUUAGUCUAGUCAAUUACAAUGAAAGAAUGUGAUUUUGUUUUAUUUUUCUUUUUAUUUGUAUAA